AUGUCGACUACUACUCAUACCAAGAUGACGUUUGACCCUGCGUCCUUCGGCAAGCUGCGGCUGAAGAGCCAUGACUCUCUCUAUACGAUAGACGACUUGAUCAGAUCGCACGCUGCCGAACCUGAAGACUUUACCUUAAUCGGAGCCCCCAUAAAUGGCCUUACAGACUUCGAAGAACAUUCUGCUCGCGAUGUCGAUGGGUUCGCCGAUGCAGCAGCGGCUCGGCUGCAAGAGAUGGGGUUGAAACCUGCAUCUCCUAUCAUCGGAAUGUUAUGCAUCUCGGGACUCGAUAUGGUUGUUACUCUUCUUGGUCUGCUGCGAUUAGGAUAUGGCGUUUUGUUGCUUUCGACCAGGCUAGCAGCUCCAGCAUACGCCCGAUUGACGACAAUGGUCAACUGUUCCACUAUGAUCUCUACGGAUACUUUCAAGGCUGUCCUCGAUGAGGUUCAGAUGGAGAAAUCUCUGACCUGCCUGCCUCUUCUCAACCGCUCCGAUUAUGUUGGCGUAAAAGCACCAGCUUUCCGACGUCAAUACACUCCUGCCAAAGAGACGAGCAAGAUUGCUGUGAUCAUCCACUCCUCUGGAUCGACCGGCUUUCCUAAGCCAAUCUUUCUCCGACACGCACAAUGUCUUGCGACGUUCACCCAGAAUUUUGGCAUGCGUGCUUUUCUAGCAUCACCGCUGUUCCACAGCCAAGGCUUCUACGAAAUGUUCAGAACCAUCUACUCAAAGAAACCUUUGUACCUGUGUAACUAUACAAUCCCACAUACACGGCAAGGCUUGACAGCCCAGUUGCAAUUCUUGGAGCCCGAGAUCUUUAAUUGCGUGCCUUACCUGCUCAAGUUGCUGUGCGAAACUGAGGAAGGCAUCAAUAAGCUAGCCAAAGUUAGCCUAGUGCUCUAUGCUGGUAGUGGCUGCCCAGACGACGUAGGAGACCUGCUGGUGAGCAGGGGCGUGAAUCUGGUACAAAACUACGGGUGCACUGAAAUCGGUCGCAUCAUGACUUCUUUCAGAUCACCAGAAGACACCGAGUGGAACUACUGCCGACUGAAUCCUCCAGUCUCUGAACACGUUCUGAUGGACGAGAUAGCCCCUGGUGUGUUCGAGUGUGUCGCUUUGGAGAGUCUAAAGACGAGAGUUGCCGUCAACUCAGACAACCCUCCGAACUCCUUCCGCUCUCGAGAUCUGUUCGCACCUCAUCCGACACGGCCGAAUCUUUGGAAGUAUCUUAGCAGACUUGACGACCGCUUAACACUAGUCAAUGGCGAGAAGGUUUUGCCUCUACCUAUAGAAGGUCGCAUUCGUCAAGAUCGGCUGGUGCAGGAAGCUGCUGUGUUCGGUAUCGGUCGAAGCGUACCUGGAGUCAUCAUCUUCCGUUCUCACGACGCCAAAGACAUGUCAGACAACGAGUUCUUCGAAUCAGUAUGGCCUGCGGUCGAAGACGCCAACGCUAGAGCAGAGAGCUUCUCCAGGAUUCCAAAAGAACUUGUCGUUCUUGUUGCUGCUGAGACUGAAUACCCAAAGACUGACAAGGGCACCUUCAUCCGAGCUAAGAUUUACGACCAGUUCAAGGAAGAGAUCGGAAACAAGUAUAGCGACUUUGAGAACGGCUCAUUGGGCAACUUGACCCUUGAAGUACCCGAGCUCGAAAGAUGGCUCCUCAGCGAGUUUAGCAAGGAACUCGGUGUCUCACUGAAGCUUGACACAGACUUUUAUCAAGCUGGAAUUGACAGUCUCCAGUCAACUAGAAUGUGGUCUAGCAUCAAGAAGCAAAUCGAUCUCGGAGGAAACCAUGCUUCACUAAGUCGUAACGUACUUUACGAAACAGCAAACAUCCGUGGACUUGCCCAGCAUCUUUAUUUGACGAGAACAGGCAACAAAAAGACGAAAGAGGAUGAGAUUACUGUUAUGGAACAGCUUGUCACUAAGUACUCUACCUUCGAGCAACACGAGCCAUGCGAGGCAACCAACAAUGGAGAAGAUGUCGUGCUUCUCACAGGCGCAACCGGCACGGUUGGUGUUCAUAUUCUCGCGAAGCUGGUCAAACAGAGCAAUGUGAGUGCAGUAUGGGCGAUCGUGCGGGCUUCAUCAGUUACACAAGCAAGUGAGCGGAUCUCCGAAGCUUUAAGCUCACGCGGCUUGUACCUCACUGAGAACGAAAGAUCAAAGAUCGUUCCUUUCUUGGGGGAUCUGAGCAGAGUGGACCUUGGACUCAGCGAGGACAGCCUGCAAAAGCUGAAGUCACAGCUCACCCAUGUGAUACACAGCGCUUGGGCAGUGAACUUCAACCUUGGCGUGAGAAGUUUCGAAGACCAGCAUAUCAGAGGCGCAUACAAUCUCAUUCAGCUGUGCCUGUCAACCCGCACACCGAAGCCUGCGAAAUUCUUCUUUNGCUCGUCAGUCUCGUCGGCUGCAAGUACACCUCUGGAUCAGAGAGUCAAAGAAAGUCCUGUACCAAGACUCGAAUAUGCCCAAGGAACAGGUUAUGGCAGAUCGAAACUGGUAACCGAACGUAUCGUGCACGCCGCCAUGAGGACUACUGGUAUGUAUGCCAGAGUAUUGCGUCUUGGCCAAAUCGCUGGUGACAGUGCACUGGGGUAUUGGAACACGACCGAAGCUAUCGCCUUGAUGAUUCAGACAGCCACGACCAUCAAAGCCCUGCCGACUCAUAACGAAGAGCUCUCAUGGCUGCCGGUAGAUCUUGCGGCGUCGAUUGUUGUAGAGCUUUCUGGUAUAGCUCAGCCAAUCAGCAAGACUCGCUUGGAUGACGACAAUCUGGUCUACAACAUUCAAAAUCCAAAGGUAUAUCACUGGACCCGUGACAUCUUGCCUGCUUUGCGCAAAGCAGGCUUGGAGUUCUNNGAUGAAGUAUCGCCCAAAGAAUGGGUACAAAGGCUGCGUGCUGGCGAUCAAAACCCAGAGAGCAAUCCGCCAGUCAAGUUGACCGAGUUUNUUGCUGAGAGAUAUGGAAACGUUGUCGAGAAUGCACCGAUGAAGACUGCAGGUCGUUAUGACACCAUCGAGACGUGCAAGGAUAGUGCUACAAUGACCGCAAUUCCGGACUUGAUCGAGUCGGGUUUGGUGGCUAAGUUUGUGAAGGCAUGGGCAAAGGAAUGGGGCGUAGAGUUGGCACAGUAA